AUGAACCAGGAAGACUACCCUAGCGACAGUGAUGCUAGCGAUGAAGAUUUCCGUCCCGACAAGGAGGAGGCAGAAACCGGAAGUGAAGUCGAAACGGACGACGACGAACCCGCGGAAUGCGAUGAACAACUAGAGAAAAAUGCAGUUGCCCCGAACGGUAUCAAGCGGAAACGAAAGCUACCAGCAAAGGGCAGGAAAAAAUCUAAAACUUCAGAUAAGGCGGUAAAAGCUCAAGAAAAAGCUCAUCAAUCGGAUAACGAAGAGAACGAGGAGCUAAAUGAGGAAGAAGAAAAAAGGAGAACGGAUGCCUUGUGGGCUGAUUUUCUUGGAGGUGGUAGCAACAGCGCUAGCACUGCUACCGAAGCAAAAGACACAACAUACGGGAGAAAUAGCAAAACAAAACCCGAACCCAAAAACCCGGUUGUAGUUACAAAACCGACACCAAAGCCUAGCGAGGUCGAAAAGGAUAAAGCUACAGUUGCGCAGCUCUUUGAGUUUGCCGGUGAACAGAUACUUCUAACCCAGGAAAACAAUAGUAAGUCCGCCAUCAGCAGCGAUAAAGAACAGGUACCAACUUUGGCUUCGGUUUCAAAAACAGUGGCACCGAAAGGAAUUCCUUCGCGUGGGAUCAGCGGUAGCAGUGGUGGUUUGGGGGCAGUAUUAAGUCAAAUUAGCAAGAAAAACAAACUAACAACUCUGGAGAAAACGAAACUAGACUGGACCAGCUUCAAGCGGCAGGAAGGGAUUGAAGAAGAGCUUCAUACCCACAAUAAAGGCAAAGAUGGGUUCCUUGAACGCCGUGACUUUUUAGAACGGACCGAUGUUCGGCAGUUCGAGAUCGAAAAGUCGUUCCGGCAGACGAAACGAAGUAAUCGAUAAUGCAAAAUGUUCAAGGCAUUUAAUUCCAGCUUCGUAUCGCAAAACCUUACAGUACUAUGCUUAGUACAACUCUCCUAAACUCACGUGUUUACAAACUUAAUUGUAAUUUUUUACAGUACUAGAGAUAACUGUGUCUGUCCGUACCAACUAAUGCUUAUCGAAAACAAGUAGGAAUAAGCACAAUAAUCAUCAUCAACCCAACGUAUUUACGGGUGCAUUCUGUAACUCAAUAAAAAGUGACCAAUAAAUAUAUUUUAUUUCAA